CAAGAUCUUCCUCUAGCCCUCACCCCUCUCCCUCCCGCCUCGGCCUGCCCCUGCCCCCUCGCCGGGCCCUCCGUGGGCGCCCGGCGCGUCCCACCCGCUACGCGAUGCCGGCAGUUUAGGAUCCAAAGCUUCUCUACUCGUUUUGUUCUUUUUUUUUUCUUUGAAAAGAGGAGAGGAAAUCUCGGUGGCGGCUGCAGGCACGCACACACUCUCCCUUCAUAUCCCGACAAAAGCAGAUGCACUUUGACUUCUGACAGCUCUACCUCAAGCCGGAGAGAAUUCAGUGGCGCUUUCGCUGCAACCCGAGCUACUCGCGCGUUCCUCUUCCUUCUCCGUCUGCGUUUUAUUUAUUUCCGCACCCCUUGCCGUUCUUGGCGACCUUCAUUCCUCCGUGGGUUUUGGGCACAAGUCGCUUUUUUUUGCCCGACUGAGACUUUUCCUCGCUCCAGGAGCUGCGCGGCGUGGCUGUGCCCCAGGGCCCUGGGAUUCCAGGACUACUCCGAGACACCCCUCCUCAUCACCCUCGUCCCUCCCCCCCCCCACCCGUUUUGAUUUGCUGGUGCGGGUUUUGGCUAGCACCACGGAGUAUAUCUCCUCUUUUGGAGAGGCUGGGGAACUUGUGUCGGUUGUCUUCAGGAGUCAUCCCCCCAGCUCCACCUGCUCUUCUCUCCCGGGGCCUCACCCGACCAAACCAAAGACCAUGGUGCACUGUGCCGGCUGCAAAAGGCCCAUCCUGGACCGCUUCCUCUUGAAUGUGCUGGACAGGGCCUGGCACGUCAAGUGUGUCCAGUGCUGUGAAUGUAAAUGCAACCUGACUGAGAAGUGCUUCUCCAGGGAAGGCAAGCUCUACUGCAAGAACGACUUCUUCCGGUGUUUCGGUACCAAAUGCGCGGGCUGUGCGCAGGGAAUCUCCCCCAGUGACCUGGUGCGGAGAGCACGGAGCAAAGUAUUUCACCUAAACUGCUUCACCUGCAUGAUGUGUAACAAGCAACUGUCCACCGGGGAGGAGCUCUACAUCAUUGACGAGAACAAGUUCGUCUGCAAAGAGGAUUACCUAAGCAACAGCAGUGUCGCCAAAGAGAACAGCCUCCACUCGGCCACCACUGGCAGUGACCCCAGUUUGUCUCCGGACUCACAAGACCCGUCGCAGGACGACGCCAAGGACUCGGAGAGUGCCAAUGUGUCCGACAAAGAAGGGGGCAGCAAUGAGAACGACGACCAGAAUCUGGGUGCCAAGCGGAGGGGACCUCGAACCACCAUCAAAGCUAAACAGCUGGAGACGCUGAAGGCUGCCUUUGCUGCUACUCCCAAGCCCACGCGCCACAUCCGUGAGCAGCUGGCUCAGGAGACUGGUCUCAACAUGCGAGUGAUCCAGGUGUGGUUCCAGAACCGACGCUCCAAGGAACGCCGGAUGAAGCAGCUGAGCGCGCUGGGAGCGCGGCGCCACGCCUUCUUCCGCAGUCCGCGGCGGAUGCGACCGCUAGUGGACCGCCUGGAGCCGGGCGAGCUCAUCCCCAACGGGCCCUUCUCCUUCUACGGAGAUUACCAGAGCGAGUACUACGGUCCCGGGGGCAACUACGACUUCUUCCCGCAAGGCCCCCCGUCCUCGCAGGCUCAGACGCCAGUGGACCUGCCCUUCGUACCGUCGUCCGGGCCGUCUGGGACGCCCUUGGGCGGCCUGGAACACCCGCUACCCGGCCACCACCCGUCGAGCGAGGCGCAGCGGUUCACCGACAUUCUGGCACAUCCCCCCGGGGACUCGCCCAGCCCCGAGCCCAGCCUACCCGGCCCGCUACAUUCAAUGUCCGCUGAGGUCUUUGGGCCCAGCCCUCCUUUCUCUUCGCUGUCGGUCAACGGCGGGGCGAGCUAUGGGAACCACCUGUCUCAUCCCCCUGAAAUGAACGAGGCGGCUGUGUGGUAGCGAGGUCUCGCACUGCCCACGAAGUUCAUGAUUGUACAGAAAUGAACCUUUAUUUAAGAAAAAUAGAAAAAAAAAGGAAAAAAAAUAAAAAGCAAGUCAUUUCCCCACCUCCAGACUCGGGGACCACCUUCUGUCUGGGGAGACCGAAUGGGAAAGGGGGACAUGAAAUAAGAUCCAAAUCCGCCUGGAGGUAGGACUGGGAUCCUUGAGCUGGCUGGCGAGGUGCAGAACUGGGGCGCCCAGAGGGAAAUGCAGACCUCUUCCUACCUCCCACCUGGACUCAAAUCCGUGGACAGACUCCGAGGGAGUGCGUGCCUGGCCGCCCCCGACGCAGCCACAGGGGCGCAGAGCUGUGGGGACGCCGGGAGCUGCGGGGAGGGAGACCUAGAGGCGCAACCGCAACCGCAACCGAGUAACAGAGGUGGGGCGGCCUGGGUGCGCUUGAUCCGGGGCCAGCCAGGAGGGUUCUGGCUCUGAAAUCUUAUUAUUAUUGUCUCAGAGUUCAGCAACAGCGACGACAAACUCUUAUAGCUUCAGAAACGCCGACCUGCUGUGCAUCAGGUGGGACUAUAUAUAUAUAUUUUUUGUCUAUCUGGGUUUUUUGUUCUUUGUUUUUGCCAAAAUUGCAAAAUUCUAAAUGUAAAGCCCUCAAUAUCAACUCUUCUACCUUCACAAAGCUCUAUAAACACACAGAUACACACAAGACACAUUCAUAGGUGGUCUCCAACUAGACCUCUCAGUAAAAUGACUUGAACAUCAACUGUACAAGAAAAGUAUUCUACCUUCACACACACAAAGUUAAAAAAAAAAAGACUAUUGAACUAAAAACAGUCAACUGUUUACGUAUAGUUAAAUUCAGGAGUUCAGUGUUUUACUAAAAUUUCCUGUUUUGAAACCUCUUGUUCAAAAACAAAGUGUUUUGAGCAAUCAACCAAAAUUGUUCAUUUUCUUUUCCUGUAGAUGUUCUGACAGAUUUGCAGGGCUCACAGCUCACUGUGCUAGUAUGUAAAAAGGUGUUGUUUACACAAGGCAAAGAGAAAACAUGAUAUUCAGACACUUGCCAAAUAGAAUAAUUAUAGCACAAAUACUGUAAAGGUGCCUGGCACCCAACCUGAGAAAGUGUUAAAAAAAAAAAAAAGUGUUACAAGGUUAAAAAAAAAAAACAUCUUUGCUAAUUUUUAGUCCUGUUGAACAUUCAUGGAAUUGUUAAUAUGACUUAUAUAGACCCACACAGGUUUUAUUUUUGUGUCUUUAAAAUAAAAGUCCAAAAUAUUUAAAUUUUAUGGUCAAAUAUGCAGUCAACAGCUGCUACUUUUUCCUUUAUAUAUUAAAUUUCUCAUAUGUCUUUUAUUGUUCUGAUAAACCUAAGCUUGUGUGACCUCCAGUGCAUAUUAGACCAUUCACUGUAUGAAAGAAAACAUGUUGAAUAAAUUUGUGAGUUUUUAAUAAAAAUAGAAAAUCUGAUGUUUAGAU